AGAGGCGGAGAAAAGGGCGGCGAGUGGAAGCAAUGGGAGCGGAAGAGAGCGGCCCGGGCUUGCAGAGAGCGGUAGCUAGGCCUUCCCCUAGCGGUGUAGGGUCCCGCCCUGGCAAGUGCUUCUCCGCGUCAGAAGGCCAGCCUGGCCUGCCCUGACACAUGCGCUUUCCGCCCGCGGCUGGUGCAAACAAGGCAAUAGCUGAAAACCAGACUGUGCGGAAACUGGCUAGGACUUGGCCUAAGCAAGUGUCGGGGCCAUGGGGCCACAGUUCCUGCGAAAUGUCUUCCCUGAACCUAACUUCUUUCUUCAAUAUAAAAUCCAUCCCCGCGCUGUACCACUGAUCUCCUCGCUCCCAGAUUACUUUUCUGAACUUCCCGUUUCUACCGGCAAAACUAAGGCUCCUGGACUCCAGGGAAACAAGAUCUGUUGCUUAGGGAAAAGGAACAUCAUGUCCUUACAGAUAGGGAGAUUUUGACCCCUCCAACUCACUGCUCCUCUGCCUGAGACAAGGAUGAUCUGCAACUGCCCCAGGCAUGGAUUGGAGCCUUCACAUCAUUGUCAAAGUGAUUUCCUACCGCACAUAUCAGAUCAUCUUUCUUUUCUACUUUCAAUCCUCCAAAGACUUCCUACUAGAGUCAAGAUAAAGUCACUGCUGUAGGCCCUGGAACUCUUGACAGUGAGGCUGAUUCCCUGCCCUCAAGUUGCUGAUAUUCUACUGCAGAGGGGAAUCAGAUAAUCCUGCGAUGAUAUCACAGCUGCAUGCCCGCAGGACAGUGGGCCCGCUGUGCCCAGGUAAAGAGGAUGAACCCAACAGUCUGAAGCAACAGGAACCAGUACACUCUAGGCCCAGGCAAGCCUGCGCAGCCUUGGACUGACUGGCUUAAAAGAAGAAGAUAUCGGUGACAAGAGAAAAAUGUAGGAGAGGAUUCAGAAGCCAGUGAAGCGGGGACCCGACCUUUCCCAGCUCAUGGCCCCAGAGCUCUCCAGCCUUCCUCAUUCUGCGUUCCGGGACAUCAUCUCACUGUGUUGGCUGGAACUCUUGAGAUCACGGAUCCUCCUGCCUCAGCCUUUGACUUGCUGGAAACAGACAGGUAUGACCCUGCUCUUUGUACUAGGUUGCAUCUUCUUCCCAUUGUGCUUCAUUGUCCUCCGUUGGGGCCUGCAGAAACACACCAAUCUGGAGAUGGAGACACAAGAGGCUGUUUUGGUGGCAUCCAAGCUUGUAUCGUCUGUCCAAGCCAUCAUGGCCUCCACAGCUGGCUACAUCGUCUCCACCUCCUGCAAGCACAUCAUCGAUGACCAACACUGGCUCUCCUCUGCCUACACGCAAUUCGCAGUGCCCUACUUCAUCUACGACAUCUACGCCAUGUUCCUCUGCCACUGGCACAAGCACCAGGUCAAAGGGCAUGGAGGGGAUGACGGGGGACCCAGAGCCCCGGGCAGCACCUGGGCGGUGGUGCGUGGCUACUUGCACAAGGAGUUCCUCAUGGUGCUCCAUCACGCUGUCAUGGUGCUGGUGUGCUUCCCCAUCUCUGUGGUGUGGCGACAGGGGAAGGGAGACUUCUUUCUAGGCUGCAUGCUGAUGGCAGAAGUCAGCACCCCCUUCGUCUGCCUUGGCAAGAUCCUCAUCCAGUACAAGCAGCAGCACACGCUGCUGCACAAGGUGAACGGGGCCCUCAUGCUGCUCAGCUUCCUGUGCUGCCGGGUGCUGCUCUUCCCCUACCUGUACUGGGCCUACGGGCGGCACGCUGGUCUGCCCUUGCUGGCCGUGCCCCUGGCCAUCCCGGCCCAUGUCAACCUGGGCGCCGCGCUGCUCCUCGCCCCCCAGCUCUACUGGUUCUUCCUCAUCUGCCGGGGGGCCUGCCGCCUCUUCCGGCCCCGAGGCUCCCCACCACCCUCUCCCUGUCAGACCCAGGAUUGAGGGUGGGGCCUGGGGACGCUCCCCACCUGCACCCCACCCGGUGGGGACAAGGCUCUGGGGCUGGCGGGUGGAGGUUGGGAGCCAGGGGCCCCUUGCCUUGACAGCCCAGGACUGACAGCUGGACUCAGAAGGAGGAGGGGCGUCUUCCCUCAGGGGCUGAGGACAGGACCAGGUGACUGGAAGGCAGGGAGAGAGGGGACCCCUUCUCCUACAGUGCUGAGCAGGGCGGUGAGCCCCUUCCACAUGCCCCUGUGCUGGAACAGCCAUGGAAAGGAGGGGAGCCUACUCCCCACCUGCUGAGGGCUGGAGGGACUGUGGGGAGAUGACAGGGACUCAAGGGGACCAGGAGUCAAAGGACAUGGGGGUGGCCCUGCUGCCAAGGACAUCCCAGCCCCUCUGCUGCAAACCCCUCUCUGCUCCUGGUCACCUGGGAGAGAGAGGACCCCCUAACUCACCCGUGGGCCUCGAGGGGUUGGGCGCCUCCUCACAGCUCCUCUCCAGGAGGCCAGCCUAAGGAAUUUUAUUUAUUUUAUUUAUUCGCCCAAAUUCAAACUAAUUUGUUGGGGUGGGGGGAGGGAGGUGGCUGCUACCCCCACCCCCCGCCUUCCCAGUGCUGAGCAACCCCGGGGGCAGGUGAAGGGCGCCCAGCCCCUUCCCAUCAGGCUGCACAUCUUGCCCUCGGGCCCUGGCAUGUCCCUGGUGCUACAGACCUCUCAAGGCUUCCUCCAAUCUGGGGUCGGGGGACCCUGGGAGGUGCUUUACAGACCGCUAAUAAAGACGAUCUGCGUCUGCGUGA